CCCAGAGCACAGUUGAUGCAAAAUGAAAAGAAGAGUCACUUUUAUCCAUGAAGGAGAGGGAGAGUUUGACCCGCAACAGGCCCAUCUCGAUUCCACCUCCCUGACAUUACGAUCCUUACGCGGAGCCCGGCAAGAGAGGUUAACGUUUGGCUUCGAGGAGCUCCCAAAUGAGUUCCAGCAAGUUCUAAGCCAAUGCGUUGAAUUGCAUAUCCGGUGGGUAUCGGAGUACCCAUACUCAGCCAUCACACCUUUCACAAGUAGGCUACCUACGGGUCUACAUAUUAUUCUCUCAGCCUUGACUUCUAAUCGAUCUAAACACCUGUGCCCCUUGUUACAGAAGGCCUUCGACACUAGCCUGAAUUGCACCAUCCCGGAGACUUCUUUUAUAGCUCCAAGCAGUGUAACAAAGUCAGGCGCAUUGUCCUCCCUCCAGUUUUAUCAGCUCCUCCCCUCGCUCGAUCAGCUGGCUACGUAUAUCCAGGAAGCAAUAUGCUCGAAUCAAAGCACUGAAUGUCGAGAUAGCGCUGCUAUAAUUCGUUUCGCAGAUACCCUUGAUAUAGAUUACGAUCGUGUGUUAAAUUCGUUUGUUGUCACGGUAUAUUGGUCCAAAUCAGUCGCGAACGGAGGGUGGAAAGAUACAAUUCACAGUAAUAAUUCGAGCAAAGACAAAAUAGAUGUAGGUAUCCUAGCGCCGCAACAACCUUUAGAUCCAGACGAGAUUCGAAUUGGUGGACUUUUGGCUGUGGUUGGGCGGGAUAAAGAAUUCAAGCCAACUCUCUUUUCCUUUCCUUCCCGUCAUCAUUCUCUACCAAACUCUUCGACAUAUAAGGCUCAAUUAGCUUCACCCACCGGCCUCCAUCCAACACUGCGUCUCUCCAUUUCUCGAUCUGCGCUCUCACCACCUCCAUCUCCGCCUGAAACUACGUGUAGAUUGUACACGUACAUCACUCUCCCGUCGUAUAUCUUCCCAGACGAAUACCAACUGUCCACCACUGAUCCUCUUUUCCUCCAAUCACACAACAUCCGCGGUCUCCAUCAGGUUGCUGGAGAAACUGAUCUGGAAGCGCCGGACUGGACAACUCGUCGCUGGGGUUCACAUCUUCUCGUGGAGCUAGCCACAUCAAAUUCAGAUGAUGCUAGUGACUGGACAAGUACCAUUCCAUUGCAUCUUCGCUAUCUCCAUCCUUCCAAAUCUGGCUACCACAACGUCUCUCUUCCCUGGCCCAUUGUCUUCUGGGCAUGCGAGUCCGAGGAUCAGGGUAAAAUGGAUGUUAACCCAUUCGAUCGGGUGAACUUGAGCUGGGAUGAUUUCUUUGGCCCGAAAACAUUUUUCUAUCAAUUUCACCCCUCUCCUCGACCGGUAACGGGUGAUGCAACGCGUGAAGAGUUGAAACUAGUCGAAACUAUUCGAGUCCCCGUGUUACAAGUGGACGAGGAUAACCAGUCGACCACUAAUCAAGCUAAGCAGAUCGAACUCGGCACUGUUGUCGUUGUUGUAGCAGGAUUUCUAUGGAUAUUGUGGAGGCUGGGUGCCGUUUUCAAAAUCUCAGGGAUUGGAGCCAACCGUGGCCAGAGAACUCGAGAAACUGAGAAGAAGACUCAAUAACAAUCUCCUAUAUUAAGCCUAAUAAUGGAUGGAAGAAUAUAGGUCGUAAAUUUUAUAUAAUUUUUUUCGUUUGUUUCUCAGCGAUAUGGGACGUCGUUACCCUCUACCCGAACUUGAGGUUUAGAUGGGACAUAGAAGUUAGAUGAUAACUCAGAUAUCAUUGGUAACUGCGUGUGGCCCGUAAUUACUCUAACAUAAGCUUCAUAGAAAACAUGGCGAUUAUCAUGCAAUAUUAAUCAAAAAAAGCAAUCUGAAAAAGAGCCCCAAAAACAGACGGCCAAAGUUGAGGAAGCAAACCCAAUGGUAAGAAACUCCGUGUUGUUUUUUUUCGCAAAAUUUUUUAUCAGUGCAAAAUGUAAAAAGCGGGGAAAAGAAUCAAGGGAAAAAGAAAAAGGAGCAUAAAGAAAGAAAAGGAAAGGGUGACAGUGCGAAUGCAUCCCAAAGAAACAAGAAAAAUAAGCAAUCGAACCCUCGCCAGUAACACCCAUACAUAACAAGGCGCAUUCCAUGACACUCAUACAUUAAACUCGGUAACCAUAUGAUCCCACAAUGAAGGGAGCCAGAGGCUCACAGUUGAGAAGUGUUGAGGGCGGUAAAAGCUCAGCGGCUAUUGGGGAAAAGAGGAAAAUGUGCUAGCGAGAGAGAUAGGAACAUAAACAAAGAAUAAAAAGGUACGUAUGUGGUUCGGAAAUGAUACAAGGUACUAAUAUGGAGGGUAUUGUCAAAACACUGCAAGCCGAAGCCCCGCCCGGCUUGGAUUAAAACUGUUGCGCUAAAUGCAGACGAGCGCCCUGGCCAUGACCAACCAUGCUGGCGUGCUGUUUAAAUGUGCGCAGAUAUUCAUAGGGAUGUAUAUCCAGUUUAUGCCGGGUUCCUCCAAUUUUGAUAAGCCAAAACAUGACUGUCCAACUGAAAACAUCAAAAAUUGAGGAAUUCAACAGUGUUGCAGCGUAAUCGGGCCUCAUAGACGAGCAGGUUUCACAAACAAAGGUAAUGCAAACCUCGAGGUAAAGGUGGCGAAAGGGAAAGAUGUAAGAUGGGCGUGUUGACGAGAGGCUGAGUCGUGUCGCGUAACUCCGUGGCACAUUUUUGGCCAAGAUUCCAAAGAACAUAACCAUAACCACACGACAAAUCCGUAAAGCAGCAAUAAAACACACGAGAAAAACCAAGCAGCACACGUACUCAAUCAUGGAUCAUUCGGGCGUAGGUCACGUCAAACAACCACCACAUCACCUUCAGCAUCAGCCGGGUCUGAAAUUGUCAUGUCGGCGUAUUUGCUUCCGGAAAGGAGCAUGGAAUCGUCAUCCAAAGCGAUAGCGCUAUCAUCAUUAUUCAAGCUACCUCGUCCGACUACCACCUCCGAUUCACCCGUAGCUGUCACCGCAUUCUCAGGGUUUGGGGCAAUUGAAGAGUCCGCUGUACCGUUCGUCUGCUCAAGGAUCGCCGGGGGCUGACUCGUGGCCGAUUCCGAGUUUAGUAAAAACUGGCGUAAUGCUUUUGGAGAAUAGUGCAUAAAUCCUCCCUUUUCCGCUUGCCAUUGUAUCAUUUCCAUAAAGAAAACCUUUGUCAUCCACCAAGCACUAAAACUUUCAGCACCUUCGAGGGUGAAUCGGUGAAGAAUAGCCGUCCACAUGGCAUCUGCCCUGUCGAUUAUGCAUUGAGGAGCAUGGCCUGGGAACAUUUUUGGAAGUCCUAGAAUAAACGCGA